AGAAGAAGGAAAAGAAAACGCUGGAAAUGAUUAUUAAAUUACAUUUGCGAGAGUCAGACAGUCAUAGCCGGUUUGCUGGUGCCCUGAGCCAUUAAACGCUUCACAUUGACGAAACACCUCCCCCUACCCCUCCAUCCAUCACACCUUCUUCCCCCACCCUCUUUUUUUCUUUUAAUUUUAAUUUUUUUAUUUGAAACGACGACUUGGGUUUAUUUUAUUUUGCAAUAAAUAGUUUGGAUUUUAAUUGUAGAAACGGAGAAAGAAAUUGGAAAUUUCCAUAAAAUUUGAAUUUUUUUUUUCCUUUUGGGGUGGUGUUCGAAAAUACAAGAAUGCCGCAGGAUUCAACGUCCGAACAAGAGCAAGAUGAUUCCGAUGCUGAGUUCGUGGAGAUUGAUCCUACGGGCCGUUAUGGUCGGUACAAGGGGGUAUUAGGAAGAGGGGCUUUCAAGAAAGUAUACAGAGCAUUUGAUGAACUGGAAGGUAUAGAAGUAGCAUGGAACCAGGUUAAGGUCACAGAUCUAUUGCGUAAUUCUGAGGAUUUGGAGCGUCUUUACUCAGAAGUUCAUUUGCUUAAAACUUUGAAGCACAAAAAUAUAAUUAAAUUUUACAAUUCGUGGAUCGAUACCAAAAAUGAGAAUAUCAACUUCAUCACUGAGAUUUUCACUUCAGGAACAUUGCGACAGUACCGAAAGAAGCAUAAGCAUGUUGAUUUGAGGGCAUUGAAGAAAUGGUCGAGGCAGAUCUUGGAGGGUCUUCUGUAUCUUCAUAGUCACGACCCCCCAGUGAUUCACAGGGAUCUGAAAUGUGAUAACAUCUUUGUCAAUGGCAACCAAGGUGAGGUUAAGAUUGGGGAUCUAGGGUUGGCCGCUAUUCUUUGCCAGGCUCGUUCAGCACAUAGUGUUAUUGGUACACCAGAGUUUAUGGCACCAGAACUCUAUGAGGAGGAGUACAAUGAGCUUGUAGAUAUUUAUGCUUUCGGCAUGUGUUUGCUGGAAUUAGUGACCUUUGAGUACCCAUAUGUUGAAUGUGCCAAUGCAGCUCAAAUAUUCAAGAAAGUGACCUCAGGAAUAAAGCCAGCGUCAUUGGCAAAAGUGACCGACCCUGGAGUCAAGUUAUUUAUAGAAAAAUGUAUUGCUAAAGUCUCUGAACGGUUGCCUGCAAAGGAACUUCUAGGGGAUCCAUUUCUCCAAUCAGAUGAGGAAAAUGGCAGUGUAGGUUGUUCUUUACGACCUAAAGCCCACACUUCAGAUUGUAGUUCUGAUCCGACUGAUUUCAGGAGAAGUACCAAGGAUCUUCAAUCUGAGGCCAGCGUAGAUGUCAAAGUGCAAGGUCAGAGAAAAGACCUGAACACAAUAUUCCUGAAACUAAGGAUAGCAGAUUCCACAGGUCAUAUUCGCAACAUCCACUUCCCAUUUGAUAUUGAAGCAGAUACACCAACUGCUGUUGCUAGUGAAAUGGUUGAGGAGUUGGACCUAACAGAUCAAGAUGUUGCAACAAUUUCUGAAAUGAUUGGGACUGAAAUCCGGUCCCAUAUUCCUGAUUGGACUGUGAGAGAAACUCCAAGAGAUAAUUUUGUAGAAGUUGCAAAUUCUGGUGACUAUAUCUCUGAAAAUAAGGGUGAUGGCUCUCCACUGGCUUAUGAGCCAACCUCAUCUCCAGGCAGUCUUUCUCUGGAGAGAUUGCCAUCAGGUCGAAGAUACUGGUCUGACUCACCCAAGGCGGCUGCUGGUGGAAUCUCUCCUGCCGGGACUGGCCUUUCAAACUUGGCUUCUCCAGUGGAUUUUGUAAGGUUUGCAGAUAGCUUUUCUGAACAUGAUGAACAAUCUCAUGAUAUUUAUGAAAGUGAAGGUAACAUAAAAAGUGGUACUUCACUUAAACAACUGGAGAAUGAGUACACACAUCACAAUGGAAGAGAUGAUGGUCAGGGGAAAGAUGGAAACAGACCUGCUGACAUGCCAUUGAGCGCGUCAGGGGGAAAUAUGCAUGAUGGUAGUGCAACAUGUUCGUCAAGAGAGAAAUGUAAUCUAUCAAAGGAUACUGAAUCAGGAGUGAAGGUAAUAUUCGAGAGACUUGAGCUUCUAUUGGUAAAGCAGCAAAUGGAGAUAGAUGAGCUAAAGAAGAAGCAUAAAUUAGCCAUAUCAGACCUUCUGAAGGAAAUUUCUCCAGAAAUCCGUGAAAAGGUUUUGGAUAUGUGUAAGAUGAAGAUCCCUGACUAUAAUAUUCAAAAUGAGACAAUCUGCUAAAUUGUGCAUCCAACAUACGUAGGCUUUUACAUGGAAUUUGAAUUUGCUUCUAGUCUUGCCUAACUUUGCAGUUUGAUAGUAGUCCAGCUAUGUUCCUUGUUAUAUAUCUUAUUCACUGAAAAGAUAACAUUAUACAUCUUGGAAGGGAUAAUGAUACUACUAGAUACUCCGUUAUUCUUUAAAGAGAUUUCAUUUUGUUGGUAAAGUUGGACAGCCUGUUGGUCGCUGAUAAAUCUGCAGGAGUAUCUGAUAUGGCUAUUCAGUGGCUAGACAAGAGACACGAUGCUUUGGAACUACAGCCGAAGGCAUGCGUGCUAAGUAGAUUGAUUCAUUGAAUGGCAAGCCAUGUUGGACUGAAAGGAGAGGAUUCAACAGAAGCUUUGGUUUCCAUAAAUAGCAUGUUACUGUUGAGGUGAGCCAUUGUUCCUGCAAGUCAUGUACCUAUGUAAUAUAAUUUUGCAUUUGCCUGAAGAAAUCUGCACAACAUCCAUUCACGAGUUUCUUCUUUAUUCUUUCUUAAUCUGUUUUGUGUUGUUUUAAUGUUCAAAUACUUUGUAUGGUGCAUAUAAUUGUACAUACGAUUUCUAUCAUUUUCUCCAACUACUUGAAUCUGGCUGCCUCAAAUUGCUGUGCAUCA